AUGGAGUUCCUAAACGCACCCCUGUUCUUGUUUCUCUGGUUCCUUCUCUCUUCUUCCUACCCGUUAUGCUCUGCAACUCCCCACCUUUCAGUUUCUAAUGAAGCAGCCAUUGAUUACCAGGGAUUCCUGAAUUGGGCUAGAGAACACGAGUUGUUUGAAUGGAUUAAGAGGAUAAGGAGACAUAUACAUAUGAACCCUGAGCUUGCCUUCAAUAAGUACGAAACCAGUAAAUUUAUCAGAGAAGAGCUUGAUGAUAUGGGAAUCGAAUAUUCGUGGCCUUAUGCUAAGACAGGGAUAGUUGCCACUAUUGGGUCAGGGGGGCGUCCCAGUUUAGCACUUAGAGCUGACAUGGAUGCUCUUCCUAUCCAGGAGCUGGUGGACUGGGAGUAUAAGAGAAGAUUGGAAGGAAAAAUGCAUGCAUGUGGUCAUGAUGCUCAUGUAACUAUGGUUCUUGAGGCAGCUAAACUACUUCAUAAGGCAAAGGAUCGAUUAAAGGGCAUUGUGAAGCUUGUUUUCAAGCCAGCUGAAGAGUGUGGUGGGACGUACCAUAUGAUACAAGAGGGUGUUGUAGAGAACAUAGAAGCCAUUUUUGAGUUAAACGUUGAUAAUCAACUAAGAACUGGCGCAUUAGCGUCAAAACCGGGCCCACUUUUGGCUGCAUCCAGUCGUUUUGUUGCCAUAAUCCAAGGUAAAGGUGGCCAUGCAGCCAAACCCCAUAAAGCCAUUGACCCCGUUCUUGCUGCAUCCCAUGCUAUCCUCAGCCUACAACAGCUUGUAUCUCGAGAAACUGAUCCUGUUGAUAGCCGUGUGGUGUCUGUUAUCUUCAUUACUGCUGCCCAUACUCUUGCGAUCAUCCUUGACAAAGUGACAUUUGGAGGGACACUCAGGAGUAUGACAUCUAAAAGACUUUCUAAUUUGACACGAAGGAUCAAAGAGGACAUCCCUGUGAUACACGUCACCACAAAAGAAAAUGAUAUCAUCUUUCAACUAGAUUGCCCACAGGAUGCCCACGUCAUCAAUGAGCUCAAUCGAGAUCCUGAAGCUGGGGACUCCCAAGAUUAUAUUUGUAAGGAAUUCCUUAAUCUCGACAAUGCAGUCCACGAAGAAACAAAAGAGUAA